CUGCUUUGCCCCCGAGGAGUGUGGUAGGGCCAGGUGGGCCUCGACUGGCAGAGCCAGGCUGCCAUCAGCCCUGUCCACCUCCCCCAGUGCCUGGAGAAGUAAGACCCCUUCCACUUUCAGAGCUCACUUAGGAGUCUGUUUCCUAGACCCUGGCUGGCCUCCCCUCCCCCAACCAACUGACACACCCUGGUUCCAGCCACCUGUUUACUUUGGAGAUGGAACACUCCUCAGGGUUCCGAGCGGUCACUUGUGGCCCACAGGGCACUGGCACUCAGAGGCACAGCUGUGGAGCUCUCCCCAGCCAUGGAGGGCCUGCUGCCUGCCAUCGUGUCCGCUUUCCAGCUGAUCCUGGGGCACCUGUGGUGUGCUCUGCUGGUGAUUUUGGACAGCUUGAGCCAGGGUCCAGGUCUCCCUGCGUUCCCCUGGGAGGUCCUGGUAUGUACUGUGGUGGUGGCUUUGAUAGUCAAGACAGGACAUAUUUUCAGAAGAGGGAAGUCUCCAGGUGAAAGGUGUUCUGCCCGCGGUGAAGUCAGUGGAGAAUGUGGGGAGAAUACCGGACCUGAGAACCGAGCCAAGGAAGCCCUUCAGUGCCCUCGGGUGGAGGCCAGUCCUCUUCCAUUAAGAACCUUGUGCUUGGCAGCGAUGAAUACAAUCCUGAGCACAUCAGCACUUCAGG